CAUCCUGCCGAGCUCGGGGUGCUGGGUACCACCAGCCCCACCACCAUGGCCUGGGCUGGGGAAGGCGCCGGACAGCUCGCAGCCAUCCUGGAGUCGGAAAGCAGCGAGGAGGAGGAGGAGGAGGAAGAGGCAGCUGUGGUGCAGCAGCAUCAGCCCCUUGGCCAGGAGGUGGGCGAAGCGGAGGAGCGCCUGGCUGAGCUCGAGCAAGCAUCGCAGGCACUGCUGGCCGAGCUCGCGGCGCUGGAGACCGAGUUUGAGAUCGAGAGGACGUGCCGGCAGCGAGCCGAAUCCUACGCAGCCCAGGUGAAGCAGGAGAACAAGCAACUGAAGCAGCUCAGCCUGACCCCAACGGCCUCCCCAGCCCUGUCCAAGGAGGUGCCCCCCAAGGAGGACCCUGACCCUGCCCAGCACUACGGGCAGCAGCUUGAGGAUCCGCAGGAGAAGAUCUCCUGGUUGCUGGCGCAGCAGAGGGACCUCACCAUCCAGGUCCAGGAGCUGCAGAGGCAGAACCAGGACCUGCAGAACCAGCUGGAGAUGGGGCAGGGGGAGCGGCAGCGCCUGCGGGCAGCCCUGGGCACCAGCCAGCGGGCACUGAAAUCCUUCAAGAAAGUGUCCCAGAUCGUCACCCAGGAUUACUGCGAGGCGGUGCAGCAGCUGGAGCUGGAGCAGGACCUGCGCCUGCAAGCCGAAGUCUUCGCCCAUGAGAUGCUGGUGCAAAAGAAGGAGGCAAACAGGCAGAGCAUGAUCCUGCUGCAGAGCUCGGAGCCCAGCGCCCAGCUGCUGGCAGCCCUGCAGGAGGUGGGACGCCUGACCCGGGCGCUGGACGAGGCCAGGCAGGAGCAGCAGCAGCGGGUGAAGGAGCUGGAGGAGCAGUUGGGGAGGCAGCCGGAGCCGGAGGAGCUGGAUCUGGCCCGAGCUGCUCUGGCCGCGGCAGAAGAUGAGAAGCUGCAGCUGAGAAGGCGGCUGCAGGAGGCUGAGAAGCGGCUGGCAGGGCUGGAGGAGGAAGUGGAGUCACUGCAGGAGAAGCUGGGCCAGGACCCACCGCCACAGAGCCGGACCCCCGAGCCGGCUGCACCCGUGCCGCCGCCGCCACCGCCGCUGCCACCGCCUGCGCCCACUGUCCCCGUGGAGUAA